AUGUGUAAUAAGGUGAUGGUCCUGAAGGUCAGGUCAUCCUCGAGAAAUCAGAACUGCGGCGUCCACUGUGACAACGAUAGGCAACGGUCGACAAGGAAGAGAACUUCAGCUUUAAACCGACUCGGACCUGGGGCUGUGACAUUUGGGCCCGCUUAA